CAAAAUGGAGUUGCUAAACGAAAACAUAGACAUUUGCUUGAAUUGGCCAGAUCACUAAAAUUUUAGUCUCAUGUGCCUAGUAAAUUUUGGGGUGAAUGUGUGUUAACUGCUUGUUUUUUGAUAAAUCGUCUCCCUACUCCUCUCUUGGAUUGGAAAUGUCCUUUUAAACUAUUAUAUCAUACACCUCCAGAUUUUUCUUGUUUGAAAGUCUUUGGCUGUCUUGCUUAUGCUACCACCCCCAACUAUCAUGAUAAAUUUUCUCCUAAAGCUAUUCCGUCUAUGUUUAUGGGUUAUUCUCUUGUGCAGAAAGAUUACUUAUUGUUCAAUCUUGAAACCAAAACUUUCUUUGUUAACCGUGAUGUUGUUUUUCAUGAAACAAUAUUUUCUUUUGCUUUUCCUACCAAACAUUUUUUGUCUUUCCCUCUCACUGAUAGUACCAAAUUUCUUCAUCUUGAAUCUUUUCCUUCCAUUCCUACUUCUUCCUCUUCACAUGUUCCUCCCUCUUCACCUAUUUUAUCCGUACCUUCUGUUCCCUAACCAACCUCCUCUGCGCCAUUUGUUUCCCUUUUACGCCGCACCACACGGUGUGUUAGGUCACCUGCUUGGAUGAAAGACAACGUCUGCUCCAACCACUCUUCCGCUUCUUAUGCCACAGAUGAACCUGAUUGUCGAAUCUACAUUUACGCUAGUAGACUCUUGGAAGACCAGAAUAGAGGUCGAGAGUGGAAUUGCUGACAUCAAAAUUGACGAGUAUAUGCGAAGCUUCUCUGGAGAUGUCAUCUCAAGAGCCUGUUUCGGAAGUAAUUAUUGUAAAGGAGAAGAAAUCUUCUUAAAGCUAAGAGCUCUACGGGAGGCCAUGUCCAAGAAAGGCUUAUCCACUGGCGUGCCUAGAAUGAGAUAUCUUCCCAUCAGAAGCAACAGAGAAGCUUGGGAACUUGAAAAGGAGGUACGUGAUUUGAUAUUGCAUGUGGUAAAAGAGAGAAAGGGGGCAGCAACAUACGAGAAGGACUUACUGCAAAUGGUGGUUGAGGGAGCUAAAAACAGUGACCUGAGUCAAGAAGCCACCAAGAGGUUUGUAGUUGAUAACUGCAAGAACAUAUACUUGGCUGGAUAUGAAACUACUGCCGUUUCUGCCACCUGGUGCCUCAUGCUUCUAGCUGCCAAUCAAGAAUGGCAGGAUAAUGUGCGGACAGAGGUGGUUGAAAUUUGUGGGGGUCGUACUCCGGAUGCUGGCAUGCUUCGUAAGAUGAAACUGCUUACUAAGGUAAUUCAGGAAUCAUUGAGACUUUAUCUGCCAGUAGGUGUGGUGUCUAGGGAAGCCUUGGAAGAUAUGAAAUUCGGAGAGAUUUUUGUUCCCAAGGGUGUAAAUAUUUGGAUGAUGGUGUUGGCAUUGCACACUGACCCUGAAAUUUGGGGUGAAGAUGCCUAUAGAUUCAACCCGGAUAGAUUUUCAAAUGGGAUAAAAGGUGCAUGUAAGCUGCCACAAGUGUACAUGCCAUUCGGGGUCGGCCCCCGGGUGUGCCUUGGACAGAACUUGGCCAUGGUUGAACUGAAACUACUAAUGUCUCUCCUUUUGUCUAACUUCUCCUUCUGCCUUUCUCCCAACUACACACAUUCGCCUGUUCUAAGAUUGGUAAUAGAGCCAGAAAAUGGCGUCCAUAUCUUGGUAAAGAAGCUGUGAUUCGAGAGCUUUUAGACAAUUAUAUGAACUCAGCCAAGCAUUUCCAUUUCAUUUGAAACAAAAUAAGAGAGUUAGGCAUUAGAAAA